GUUCGACGUGUAAGGUAUACGUCAUUCGCUCGAGAAGUGACAUUCCAAGAGUCAGGUGAAAUUCCGACCUAACUUGAAGCCACAGUUAAGAUAAGAGGAUAAAGGCUCGGCAACGUGUGCGCGGUAAUAUUCUUCUGCAAAAAUAAAACUAUUUGAACAUGUUAAAGGCCGUUAUUCUCAUCGGAGGGCCCUUGAAAGGAACAAGGUUUCGCCCUUUAUCACUUGAUAUACCUAAACCAUUGUUCCCCAUUGCCGGUCUGCCGAUGAUCCAGCAUCACAUAGAAGCCUGCGUUAAUGUACCGAAUCUCAAUGAGAUUUUGAUAAUAGGCUCCUAUCAUGCUAGUGAAUUGCAACCGUUUAUAGAAGAAAUGACUAGUACUUAUGGCUUGGUUGUUCGAUACUUGCAAGAGUUUAUACCUCUGGGUACGGCAGGUGGCAUGUAUCAUUUCCGAGAUCAAAUCCGCGCUGGCAGCCCUGAGUUCUUUUUUAUAAUGAAUGGCGAUGUCUGCGCUGAUUUUCCACUUCAAGAACUACUUGAGUCUCAUAGGAAUAAACAACCACUGUUAACUAUUAUGGCCACGGAAGCUACACGCCAGCAGUCGGUAAAUUAUGGCUGCAUGGUUUUGGGUAAAAAUGGUGAAGUAGCUCAUUACGUGGAGAAACCUUCAACAAUUGUCUCUGCGCUAAUUAAUUGUGGGAUUUAUGUUACUUCAUUGAAUAUUUUUCAAGUAAUGGCGGAUUUCUUCUACUCCAGAGACCUACAGGAGAUUUAUCUACAAACAAAUGGUAAUGGCAAGGAUUCAGCAUAUAUUUCGUUAGAACAAGACAUUCUAACAAGGCUAGCAGGAUCGGGUCGCAUAUGUGCUCUCCCGGUUAAAAACUGGUGGUCACAAAUGAAAACCGCUGGCUCGGUGAUCUAUGCAAAUCGACAUUACUUGGCUUUGUAUAGAUCGAAGCACCCCGAUCGGCUUGUUCCUGUAUCGAAUGGUGCAUGUGAAAUUAUUGGAGAUGUUUAUAUACACCCAUCUGCUAGUAUUGAUUCUUCAGCUGUAAUAGGUCCAAAUGUUAGUAUAGGGCCAAAUGUACAAAUUGGCUCUGGAGUAAGAAUAUUGGAAUCUAUAGUGCUCUCAAACGCUAUUAUCCAGGCUCACUCGAUAGUUUUAUACAGUAUUCUGGGCACUAACAGUCGAAUAGGGGAGUGGGCAAGAAUCGAAGGCACUCCCUGUGAUCCCAAUCCAGAUAAACCCUUUGCUAAAAUGGAAAACCCACCACUAUUCAAUGUCAACGGAAAGCUGAAUCCAUCGAUUACGAUCCUUGGUACUAGAGUGUCGGUAGCUUCUGAGAAGAUUCUACUGAAUUCCAUUGUCUUACCGCACAAGGAGCUAACGAGGAAUUUCAAAAAUGAGAUCAUACUUUAGUUGACCUUUCCCUGUUCAGAUCGUCGACAUGAUCCAUAAUCAGACGCUCAAAAGACAUAAUAUUGCGACAUAGCAACGUACAAUUUUUAUAGUGUAUAUUAUUGUAUAAUUUCCUUGUAUAUUUUUAAAUGCUUUGGUGCAACUUUAUAUGGCGAAACACAAUGAUGAAGUCUGAUCAUGUAUGUACAACUUUCUAUGGAACGCUACAUAAGAGGUAUACCAUUUUUUAUACCCCACUUGUCUUUCGUACGACCGAAAUAUAUAUACACAGUGUCUUGUAA